AUGUUAGAUACUCAAUAUCGUGUGCAUCCAUCAUUAAUUGAUUUUCCAUCAAAAGUAUUAUAUGAUGGUUCAUUAAAAACUGGUAUCAAACCUGAACAACGACCAAUACCACAAGAAAUUAAAUUUAUUAAUAAACAAAUUCCAUUAAUAUUACAAAAAGUUGAAUUAAUUUUUCAAACAAUUCAAACAUUAUUACCACGUCGUCAACCAAACUUAUCACCAAUUGAUAUUGGUGUUGUUACACUUUAUACACGACAAGUUAAAGAACUAGUCGAAAAAUUAUCAAUUCGAUCAAAUAAUGAAAAUGAAAUAGGAUUUUUAAUUAAUGAACAACAUAUGAAUGUUCUUUUGACACGAGCAAAACGUGCAAUGAUUGUUUUUGGUAAUAAACUUACUUUAAUAUCAAAUAAUUUAUGGAAACAUUGGAUUGAAAGUAUUCCAAAUAUUACUUCGGCACAAUUUAUAAAUGAAUAUUUAAUAAAACAAAAUCAAAUAACGGAUCAAUAUCAAUCUCAAUCAACAAAACAAACAAAACAAUACACUUAUAAUAAAAAAUACAACAAUUCUAGAAAAAGUUAUCCUCCGUAA